AUGUCACAGCCUUAUCCUGUGUUCGGUCAGAAUGCAGGAUCAAAUUCAAGGUUGACUUCCAAUCCAGAUCCAAACACCAAUGGACAUUCACAAAGUCAAAGUGGAAGUGGAAGUGGCAGUGGGAUAUACGAUGAUCCAUCAAACUUGUUAUCAGUUUAUCCAUUCAUGACUUAUGCUCCUACAGCAAGAGUCGCUCAACAUCUCUCAUCUCACACUACCACUUAUCUACCUCCUGCCUCUUCCUCUGACCUCUAUCCUCAAUACAAUAGUAUACUAAAUAGAUUGGAUAACCCUACUACAAUCGAAGAUUGGGCUAUGAGACAAGCCGCUGAAGCUAGAUUAAGGGAAGUUCUUCGUGACCAACGAUCAUCCUUUGCUCAACAACUCCGACCAUUAGUAUCUGAGCAGCACGGUCAAAAUCACUCACCAACUUCUACCGAUACUUCUAAUACUGGUCCACCUCCUCCCUUACCCCUCAAUUUACUUCGUCAGUACCUUCCUUCUCAAUCAUCGAGACCUCUGCAUCACAAUGAUCAACUUCCUACUCCUUCCUCAACGAACGGUGGAAGCUCUCCUCCAGCAAAUGUCCCUGCAUUCCUAUCAGAUCCUAAAGAAUAUCUUGACAAUUUCGUGAAUGCCACCUUAGCCAGGGUAGACAUACAAGCUCAAUCUGCUCCCACGCCUGCUCCUGUACGAUCACAAAGUAUUCCGACUAACCAACCGGAUUCUAUCUCGCAAGCGGGACCGUCAGCUGAGAGAGGGAGGGAGCGAAGAACAUCAAUGUCAGCAAUGAGAUCACCCCAUCCACCUUCAUCAGUGACUUCUACCCCUACACAUCAAAGGAUUAUGCAGAGUAGUCCAAUAUCCUCACCUGAUCCUUUAGGUCCUUCACCGCAGAAAAGAAGAAGGCGAAGCAAUAAGUCAUCCUCAAGAGAAUUAUCGCCCUCACUGAACUCAACUUUACCUUCAGGCAGCACAAGGAAAUCAAUACCGGACAUGGAGUUAUCGUCUCUUACUAUGCAAGAACAAAACAGUGAGGAUACUCCAAAGGCUAAACCUGUACAUCGGAAAACAGUGGAAGUUGUUAUUCCAUCAAGACGAAAAGUGAGCAAAGAUGGAUCAGUUUUCAAAAGUGAAGAAGAAGAAGACGAUGAGGACGAAUUAGAUUGGGGAGAAGAUAAUGAUGGUGAUUGGAAUAUGGAUGAUCGAUAUCAUAGUCCACGAGAAAAUUCUGCGAUAGUACCUAAAGGAAGUAAAAGAACCGGUGAAAGAGAUACGCGAAGCUCAUGGCAGAAAUUAUCAAAUUUGCUAGAAGAUAUAUUCGAAGAGUCGGACGCUUUCCCCGCGAAUCCUUCCUCAGGUGAUCUAUUGGGAAGCAGGUUCUUCUCGUUGAUAAUGCAGGAUGGUACUACCCCUCUCCUCUCCUAUCAAGCAAUCAAGAAGGUGUCAUCUUACGUAUACAGGAUACAAGUAGCUAGAAGAAGGCAAUCGUCGGUUAAUGGAGAAGUGGAACAAUGGGAUGCCGAGACAAUGGCAAGUAUACUCAGGUUGUUAGAGAGGAACAUGAGGGAUAUAGAAAGUCUUAACGUCUUUUCUGAAGACAGAAAAGGCGUCUCCUUGUUACAGAAAGAUGAUGAACAGAAAGGGGGAAAGCAAAACAGGAAGAAGAAAGAUCAAAAAUUACCAAACCCUACAGACGAAAACGAAGAUGGCAUAACUCUAAGUGAUGAUGUCUUGCAGGGUCAUGAAAUCGUCUUGAGAAGAGCGAGGGACGGUGUGGCGGCUUCAGAGUGUGUUCUGGUACUGCUGGACUCUGAGGGUCUAUCUAAACAGAUGUACUCGGAAGAUCUUCUUACAACGAGCGUAAGUAUAGUAAAAGAUCAGAUGGAAAAGGUUAUUUUUCCUGUUAUCGAAGGUUUGGCGGGUGAAAAAAUCUCUUCAAGCUACCUCUCCCAUAUUGUCCAAGCCGAAUCCACGUCUUCAAAGAAGGGUAAAUCUAAGACUCUCUCUCCUUAUUUCUCUCAUCCAUCUCUUUCAGCGAUCGCUGUCUCGAUCAUUUCUGCUAUUCCCCGACUCACCUCAAUGAUCAGUAAAUCUCAUCUGGCAUUUUCGGAUUCGCUUGUCAUCCAAACGGUAUAUCUCACGAUUGGGCCCCUGUUCAUCAACGAGCCUGUUUCCAAAAAGGGCAAGAGCAAUGUAGGUGUCAAAGAAGCAGGUGGUGUGAUGAAGGGAUUGAAAAUGGAAGCUUUGGGCUGUUUGCGAGGGGCAUUUGCUCGAUAUGAAGACCAAAGGCAAUGGAUUGUGGAAGAAAUUCUUAGCUCAUUGGUCAGGAUACCAGAGCAGAACCACGUGCAGAACAGAUUCGAACUUUCGAACGGAAAGUUUAUACAUACCAUCUCUGCUCUUCUCCUUCAGCUCAUCCAAGCAUCUGCGUACGGAACCAUCAGCAAAAUCAGGAAAAUACACUCUUCAGCCGAAGAAGCUGAAAUGAUGGGCGUUCCGGAGAAUAAGGCAGACCCUCAUGAAGAGGAAGCGAGAAUCUGUACCGAAACCAUUGAGAACGCGUUAAGGUCAGCCAGAAUCGUUGCAGGAUACUUGGUUCAGAAGUCGACAACAACGAAAGCAACCAAGACUUCUCAUGACACAGAAUACAGAGCCAUUCUUGACCUUUUCCUCCGCGAUCUCAUGGUGGUCUUAUAUCGACCUGAAUGGCCGGCAUCUGCAUUAUAUCUUACAGUCUUCUCGCGAAUUCUAAUCGCUUCAUUAGAAGAUCAAAAGAUAGGGCCGGAAUCAACAGCUGCUAAAGCUACUGCUUUAGACUAUCUUGGUGAUAUCGCUGCUAGAUUAAAGGCUUUGUCACUACAAAUGAGUGGUGAAGGAAAACUGGCCACUUUGGACGAGAUAAUCGCAAAUGUCGAUAUGCUCGGUCUGACGAAGCUUAUUAAUGCUCAAUCUUCAAUCAUGACGUUCUUGUCAUCCGCUGCUCGAGAGGAUGGAUCUCUAAGCUCUUCACGAGAUAUGGCAUCUAUUGUAUGGGUACAAGAACUGCAAAGCGCUAUCAAGAAAUCCACCGCCGUGGUUGAGAAACUGAUCACAGAGAAGACUGAGGAAGCUCAAGAGACAGGACAGCGUCUCCAAGCUAUCACCACGACUCUCAAGAAUAUCCUGAGAAACGUUUGGAUGGCAGACGAUGGUCUAUUUGAAGUUCAUGAUCCACGAGGAAGUGAAGCUGCUUCAUUUUCUUCCAUCGCUGUAUCUAGGGGCCGUCCACUUCAAAACGCAAUCGACCCCAUUCUCAUUGCAUUGUUGGGUGUGAUGGACAGUCCAGCUGUCGGACUCCGUUCCAAGGCUUUGAGAGGCCCCCAAAUACGUCAAGCGCUCGAAGAACGACUCUCAGAUUGUUCUCCCGCUGUCAGGGAUGCUGCAGUUGAAUUAGUCGGGAAAUAUAUCGUUCAGAAGCCCGCAUUAGCAGCUGAGUACUACCAUCACAUAGCUCUGAGAGCUACGGACAACGGCCUCGGUGUGAGAAAACGAGUCAUCAAACUCCUCAGAGGCAUUUUCUCAACCAUGGACAACCGUGGGAUCAAGAUUGAUAUAUGCUGUAAAAUGAUUCAAUUGAUUGACGAUCAAGACGAAGGUGUCAAAGAUCUUGCGGUGAAGACCCUUACUGAAUUACUCUACUCGUCCGGCGAGGACGCUGCUGGACUACUGGUUGAUAUUCUAGGGGAGUUCAAGAGUGGUGACGGAUCUAUCGAAAGAGCCAUGGAUGGGGUCUCGAAGGAAUGCGAAACCGCUCAUCAAAAGAAGCGAUUAGGUCAGACUAUUGAAUCUUUGAUCAGCCGACUGAUCGACGCUACCGAGAAAGAAGAUUUCGACUCCCUAUCUCACAUAAAGGCAAUUUGGUUGUUAUGCGGUAGUGAUCCAAGUCAGAUUGAUACUCAAAAAGCUGGUAUAUUAUUGUCAUAUCUGGGACCUGCAGCCAAUGCCGAUGACCAAUCUUCAAACGAGCUUCUCUUAAAGAUAUUCAGGAAAUGUAUCCCCCACAUGCCAAGAACAGCUUCUACAUUUGCGUCAGAUUUGACGAAGAAACUCAUGCCAAUGAUCUCAAAACCUGCUGGAGGAUUUCAGGUUCUAAGAGAAACUAUUGGGUGUUUUUGUGCUGUAACAAACCACUUGACUAGAGAUUGGACAAGGUUAAUUACCGUUCUCAGGGCGUGUGAAGCAAAAAUACGACCCAUUCGUAAUCAAUACAUCAACAACGGUGUUUCAUCUGCGCCGAAUCAAGCUGCGGCUAUGAUGCUCUACAUUACUGCUCUAAUUGCAGAAGGAUGUAAGCUUGAUAAUAUCGCUCUCGAGGACGCAGGUGUCGACCUUGAGCUUCGUAAAAUCACCUCUAUUUCCAUCUCCGAGUAUCUUUACGAAGUGUAUGCGGAUUUCAGCAAGAUUGCAUCAUUCCAGAAUGCAGCUACGAUCUGUCUCGGAUCCCUUUUCCGGUCAUAUCCAUUCUUACUUCAAAGGAAAGAUACCACGGAUUGGAUGCAAGAAACCUUCAAAUCUCCUAAUGAAGACAACCGAGCUCAACUACUAGGUGUGAUUCAUGAAUUUCUAUCUUCUGAAGCGGAAAAACGAGCAUCUGGAUCCAAAGCUAAGAAAGGGGAAAAGAAGGAGAUGGGCGUUGACUUAUUGAGAGGUGAUGCCAAAGAACUCCAAGAUUCCGAUUAUUCUACUACUAUUGUGCAAAAUAAUAUCGAGCAGAUAUUCGAAUGUGCACGAUCACAAAAUCCUCCAACGCAAAAUGCCGCUUUGGAUAUAUUGACUUUUGUGGUCAAUCAAGGAUUAUACUCACCAGUACAUACUGUCCCGAUAUUGGUUACGCUAGAGACCUGCGACGGUCCCCGUAUCUCUGAAAGAGCAUUGGCAUUACAUUCUGCUCUCCAUCAAAAACACGCUUCUCUCGUCACUGUACUUUUCCUGGAAUCCGCCAAAGCAUCUUAUCUCUAUCAACGAAGUAUCACGUCCGAACCUUCUGGUCACAGGCAUGGUGUCGCUUUAUUCCAAAGCUGGUAUAAUCUUUUAAGCGAGAAAAGGGCUUGGAGAAAUGACUUCCUGAAAGCUAUGAGCAGGGUAUUCGAUAGGGAUAGUAUGAGUGAUAUUAAUACCGGAUUCGUCCUUUAUCUGGCAGAUAAUCUUGCAACGUUAGAUUAUAGAUUACAAGAAGAACCAAUGACCAUCGUCCAAUCGUUACAAAAAAUAAUAUCUACUUGUACUCACUUGGUUUCAAUGAUGGAGGAAACUAUAAUGGAAGAUCAGCCAAAUGUUCCUGCAGAAGGGAGAACUAUCAAAUUUGGCAAAUCAGAAACAGUCGUCAAAGUUGAACACUUGAUAGAUUCAAGUAUAGUUGUUGGAUUGGCUGUUUUGUUGAAGAACCAUUUAUUGGCUUUAUAUCAUCUACCAGAAGAUAAAUGCACAGCUCACAUCCCAGGCAAAAAGUCGACGGUCGGCGAUAAACCUACUCAGAGACGUGGAUCCGCGGUCUUGGAUUUGACCAGAUUACCUUUGGUCAGAGGUGUACAUACCGUAGGGGAGUUUAGGGAGUUACAAUCGGCCUUCCUGAGAUUGCUACAUGAAGAUGGAUCAUUAGCGGAAUAA